AGGUCAACUGGACAGAUCGGAAGGUGAGUGUUACAUCUUUGAUCUGUUUAUCCAAUAAUAUGUAACAGAUCUAGGUUAAGGCCUGACACGAUAGGCUAACCGUUUUAACCUUGAGGCUAGAGAUUCAAAUCGAAGCUAACGGCCUUGGGCAGAGAGACAAAAACGAUUCUAUCAUCUAAAAAGAAGAAUAUAUUUGUAAAAUCUCAGCGAAUGAAUUUUAAGUAAAUCCAACGUUUCGCCUGGCAAUCUGGUCCAAGCUUUUUCAAGGAAAAUAUAAUCAAACAACAAAAUUAUCCAAAUGAUAUAAGCAUGGAAAUGAAUUUAAUUGUAUCCACUCUAUUGAUGAAUAAUUAUCCGAAAGGUUUUAUUAAAAGAAUAAUUAAGGAUGAAGAACGGAAUGAUAUUUUAAAACAAGAGUUAAGCAAGAUUGGAUGAACACAGUAGUGAUCCCAUAUCGUAAAGGUAUCUCAGAAGACAUCAGAAGGAUUUUAACUCGUCGAAAUAUAAGAGUAUUCUUUCAAACAAACAAUAAUCUAAGAUCAAAACUAGCAAGAAUCAAAGAUCCAAUACACAAGGAUGAUCAACAGAAUUGUGUUUAUGAAAUCAAAUGUACUGACUGUAAUGCAACGUAUGUAGGUGAAACAUCAAGGCAACUGAAUGUGAGGGUGAAGGAACACAAACUGUGCUUAAAGCACAUUCCUAAAUCCUCAAUUGAUGUAAAAAAGCUUGAGAACAGAUCAGCGAUAGCAUUACACUCGAUUGAAUCGGGUCAUACAGUUGAUUUCAAUGGCACGAGAAUCAUUCAAAAAGGACUUAAUUCUUACAAAAAACGACUAACAGCCGAAGCCCUACAUUAAAAAAAGGAUAAUUUUGUUGUUUGAUUAUAU